UCAGGAUGUGAAGAUUUAAGGCAAGUUAGUCCUCUGGUUACAGUGCUCCAUGUUUUGAUUGGUAAACUAGUUACUGCAUGCACAGGGGAGGAAUGUGCUUCAUUUGCAGCGUAUUAGUUAACUUUUUUAACUUUAUUAUGUCGCACAAGCGGAAGGCAUGUUUCUUUUGCUUGCAAUGCAUUUUUUUCUUGAAAUAUAUAUAACCUCUUCGCAUAUCGACAUGUGUUGCUUUACAAAAUAUUAAAGUGACAUGGCCAACACGCAAGCCAGUCCCCUGAGUUGUCUUACUUUGCUUCGUGCAACAUUCUUAAUGACGAGAGUGACGUUGCAAGAGGUCAGUGUUGGCACGGGGGCCCUUGGCGGGUAACAGCAGAUUGCUUGCGGCUUCUCAGUGGGAGUGACGGACAAUCAAGCGAGGCUGUCACAGAGUGAAGCCCGCUGCAGGGAGGCUCGUUGUUUUGGAGUCAACAUUGCUGCUUCUUGCUGUCACUCCGUGUGAUGUUUGCAUGGGAAAGUUGAAUGCAGGCGUUGCAGGGCUGCAAAUGUAAAAGAGAAAAACCUUCACCUUGAGCUUCUUUGCUUUCUGCCUGAACAAAAUGUGAAUCGCUUUGAAACAUGAGCUGUCACACCUGCAUUAGGUUAAACGUUGAUUAUUUACUCAGCAAGAAAAGAGGAAGUCUGUGUUUGAAUAAUUAAUGUUUAACAUACUGUAAACGUCACAGACCAAAGUCAGGCAAGACGGGCAGACAUUAGGGAGAAAGGUGGGAUGGUGUUUGGGGUGGAGGAGGCUAUGACAAGGGUUGGAUAUUGUUUACAUUUCAUAUCUGAUACUGAUACUGGUGCUUAAGCGGUGCCAGAACCAGAAAUCUUGUUUUUAUUUUCAAAAAUACGUCAAUUAAUAAAUCAUUGGUGUUUUGUGGUUACAUGUGGCCUAUUAUUAGUCAAAUUAGUAUGCUAAUUGUGUGUAUUUUUUAAAUGUAAAUAUACCAAAGACGUAUUUAUAUGUUUUUUUCAUCCCGACCCCGCCAGCAGCACAGAGUCCGCUGCUGCCUGUUGGCAGGCGAGGUUUAUCAAGCUGCUCAGAUUCAUUUCCUGCGUCUCAGAUGAUGAAGUCAAAUCUGCGGAUUAGACGGUCCGACGACACCGUCCGUACAGGCAGCCCUUCAAGUCUGGUGAGCCAUUCCCCCCGGUGUCCCAGCAGCCAGGCAGCCAUGGCAGAUGGUCGGCAGCCAGAGGAGCACUGGGCCUCCAACGGCCAAGAGAACGGCGAGAACGGCUACUCCGCCUACAGCUACCGGGAGAACGGAUACCAUGGCGGUGCAGCCGCACACCCCGGGACAACAGUGGAUGACUCAGACAAUUUGCCUCCCUCCCCUCCUCCCUCUCCGUCCGCUGAGCAGAUCGGGCCAGCGGCACAAGCACAGCCAGAAGAAAAUGUUGGAAUGGAGUCUUGUGAGUCUGCAAGACAGGAGGCAGAAGAGGCAACCCAGUCCAUUCCAGACGUUGGUGCUGAAUUAAAGGCCGCAUGUGAUACUUUUAUGAAAGCAUCAAAAACCUACUUUGAGUUUGGCGCAGCGUCAGAAACGGAGAUAAGUGGAGGAGCAGUUCCGCACGGCAUUGCAAAAGCAAUAGGACAGAACUCAAGAACCUUUUCCGAAAGCUUGUGUCCAGUCGCCAAAGAUUUGGAUGCGUCUGAGGAGAGAUGUUCCCCCGUGUUGCCUUCAACUGACAUCAUCAUAACCUUAGCAGAGAAAGACAUCCUCCACCACCUCCAUUCUGAUCAGCACGGUUCUCAGCAAUCAGGAACCUCCUGGGAGCCAUUGGACCUUGCAGGCGUCCUCCCUCACACAUCCCUGCAGAAGAGGGAGCUUGGCAGCGUAAGACGGAAGUCGGUGCCCACCAACGUGGCUGCUCUGGUCGGUAGAUCUUUGGCCGAGCUCACCCUUGGAACUUCAAGCCUGGUGGGUGACCAAAGACGCAAGCAGGGCUUGGGGUACUCUGUAACUGAGUACUCCGGACCAAUGCCUUCUCCUGACGACAAGCCCAGUCCAGGAGACGCCUCUUCUCCUAGUUUCCUGAUGCUUGGAGCUUCUGAAGUUGAAGGUGGUCAAAAAUGUCAACCGGGUCAUGAAGAGUGUAACCAUGGAAAAGUACCUCCAGGGGCCAAGAUACUUGAAAGGGCCGUGACCACUGGAAUUAAACCUGAUCGCUUAAGAAUCCCAAUGACCACUCCAAAAGACAGAUUGAUUGAACUUCGAUUGCAGAGCGGUCUACCUGCUGAUAUGAAAAUCCAACCAAUUCCAGAAGUAGAUAUUGAGAGAGACUCCUCAAGAGAGGCCUCUCCUGUCCCACCAGAUAUGUCCUUCAUAUUUAUGUCUACAGAAACUGGAAGUCACCCAGAAACCCCACCCAGAAACCCAGACCUUACCUCACAAGGAACGCCGUCAACUGGAGAGAAGACAAAGGAUGUCUCAGAUGAGAUUGAAGCAAAAAGCAAGUCUAGUGAGGUUAAUAGACGACCGAAAACAAAAGACAAGAAAUUACCAGGUGAUCACAAGACGACUGCAAGAUCAAGAAGAAGAGAAAAGGAAGAGAUCCCCAAAGCCCUAAAGCCCUCAGAUGGGAAGUGUACAUUCUACUUACAGGAAGACACUCCUAAGCCACAAUUACCCUCUCCCAUCAUAAUUAUACCUCCAACACAAGUGGAAGAGGAUGACGAUAUUGAGAUUGCUGAAGAGCCACGAGAGAUAAUGGACGAUGCUGACAUACAUAUGAUCCCCAAAGUGGAUCCGGCUGACCCAGGGAUGCUGAAAGUGGACAGGAGCAGCACUGGGCAGCCUGAUUCGGCCAGCCCAUCCCCGCCUCAGCAACCGCCGGGCAAUGAGGAGGCGAUGGUUGGUCCAGAUGUUGAUGUUGAAGUGAGAGAGGAGAAGAAGGCAGGCAUGGAGGACAACAGAUCUGUCAGUCUAGGUCAAAAGGUGGACGCCACCAGUUCAGCCGUUUAUGAGGACGCUACUGUGGACGUCUCAGACUGUAGUUGGAUAUAUUCAAAAGGUACUCAUCAUUCACAUCUUGUGACAUGGAGUGGAACCUCUAAGGUAGAACACAACUUGUUUGGAGACCCUGUUUUUGAAUCAGUCGAUUCAUCUAAAUGUAAAUACGGUAAUCUCUCUUUUAUAUUGUUCAUUGGUGACAUACGCCACCGUGAGUUUCCGUCAAAGUAGGGUUUCUUAUUUAUGAAUGGAAUAUUUUCAUAAUUGGAAACCUAUUCAUGACCUCCUCAAUACGUUUUUGUUACCCUUAUUAGAAGCCUGUCGACAUAACAUAACACCCCAUAGUCACCUUUACACUCCUAUCACCAGUAGGCGGACAGGAAGUGGGAGUUUCAGCUUUCCGUGGGUGAUGAAAUAAAAGCCGAUGAAGUCUGGCGAUUGUGUGUGUCACCGAACAGAAUUGCGCAUAUCAUCACCACAUCUUUGAAUGUGUCUCCUGAAUGCCUUAUAGUCUAUUUAGCCAUGUUUAUGCUUGAAAAUGCUUCAUUUAGCCACAAAGACGUAGCUUUUGCGAAUUUGACAAAGAAUAGGCCUAAUUUAACAAAAAAACAUGAUUUACUAAUUAAUACAGUAUGUUAUUAAGAAAUCGUGAGAGAGUGAUGCUGGAACACAAGGUUAACACUCUAUCCUUUCUUUCUAUCCUAAUAUGUAAACAAGAAAUUGAAAAGGCACUGGUGAUAUUACUAGCAUAAAUAUGCAUGCUGAUGCGCCACUAUGAGACUCCCUCAUAUAGUUUUUAUGCAACUUCUGGUAAUAAUAAUCAUAAUAGUAAGGAACAUUUGUUUUUGGCAUUCUGAACUGAACAACCAUGCUCAGGGCGUUCACCUUGAGAGGUUCCACUAUAUUUGUUUGUGGAGAAUUGGUUCCUUUUUUGACGCCUCUCUGCUGCAGAUGAUGACAAAACUAUCAUGACAAAGCAAAUGGGAGCCCUUCCUCCAACCCAGGGUGUACCCGGGGUGGACACACCCAAUAAACGGGCACCUGGCAGAGGAAGUAAGGUGUCACGAAAACAUCCAAAAGAGGAGAUGAAGAAGAAAAAAGGUUACAGUUCAUUUUGAUGUUCUGUAUUUGCAUCAAUGACGCCGCGGCGGUGCGCAUUGCAGUGUAAGUUUCAGUUGUGGUUAAUCUUGUCUCUCCUCUCUGCUAGUAGGUGUC